CUUGACCUUCUGACUUCCCUUCUAUUUGUCUGAAUCAGAACAGCAAGAUAAAAAAGCCAAAGACCACAAUCAUCGUCUUAUCAGUCCUCUUUGCACCCAUCCUAGUUCCAGACAAACUCGAAGGAAACACUAUCGCAGGACACUAUGACCAUCAAAGCCAUCCUAUUUGAAGUCAACGACACUGUAUGGAGCGGCAAACUCGACCCACACAAGUGGGGGAAAGGCGACUCGGCUCGGGACAAACAGGAAGACAACCUCAAACGGGACUCCUCAGAUAAGCACGUAAUCCGCGAUGUUAGCAACCGCUCCCACGAAAUACGUCUCUUUGAUGACAUACCGAAGAUCAUUCACGACAUCAAAGAGAGAGAUAUUCCCCUUGGUUUCGUCUCCAAGGACUCGAGCCGAAAACUGUGUGACCGGGCCCUCUACUAUUUUGAAUACCCGGACGAAAACCAUCAGCACAAGCCAAUCAUCAAAGCUGUGAAAUAUGACGAGACUGGUAGUGGGGACUACACAAAUAUCUUCAAGAAAAUUAAGGGCUGGGCAUCCGCUCAAGGAGAUGAGAUUCUCUUCUUUGACUCCCAUGAGGAAAGUCAGAGUGUCCAUCGCGAGCUAGACGUUUGUGUUGAGAUCGUUAACCGACAUACGGGAGUAACAUGGGAGAUAUACAAUCGUGCACUCCAGAAGUAUGGAAACGGAAACGGAAACGGAAACGGCGAUAAUGGAAAUGGAAAUGGAAACGGACAUGGACACGAGUAUACCCACGGAAACCGAGGCGGAACUCGACACGGGUAUGCCGACGGAAACAGAAACGAACAGGAACACGGCGAUGGAAAUGGAAAUGGACACGGGCAUGAGUAUUUCCACGGAAACGGAGGCGGGGCAGGACACGGAUAUGCCGGCGGAAACAGCAGAAACGAACAGGGACACGACGAGGGAAAUGGACACGGGCAUGAAUAUUUCCAUGGAAACGGAGGCGGACCAGGACACGGAUAUGCCGACGGAAACAGAAACAGUGACGAUGGGAAUGGAAACGGAGAUGGAGACGGAGACGGAAAUGGACAUGGACACGAGUAUUUCCACGGAACCGGAAACGGACAGAGGUAUCACUAAAAAAAUGAAGACAUUUUCAUAUACCUUUCCCACGGGUUUCCAGCGCCGACUUGUAGUCCGAUCCAGUUUUCUCCUUUUCAUGUUAUAUCCAAGCCAUGUUCCAACCUAUCAAAGCAUCAAAGCCAACAUUCAAGUAGACUCGAAGAUGGUUCCCAGUGCAAAGCAUUAAGUAUGUGGUAGAAGCAAAUAAAUCUCUCUGUAACGUGUAAGAACAGAUUGUUAUGAAGAUGAUUACUUACCAUCAAAAUUCUCUUAAGACCAAUAAUGAAUGAUUGAAUGC